AGCACUUGACCGGAAUUUAAAGGGGAUAGGAAUAGGAUGUUAGAAGAGACAACAACAUUGAACUUCAAAAUGUUCGAAGGAAAAGAGAGUGGAUCUUAGAAGAUUUAUUUACUGAGGAUGAAAUGGUUUAACUGUAGGUUUGAGAACCACAUUUAAUGAACAUUUAUUUGGAAAACCAGAACAAGAUGCAAACACAGCUUUAACAGAGCUAGACAAAGGGUUACGCUCUGUGAGGCCAUUAUUUGUUUCCCUAGACUUUUUGAGAAGUAUCCAUUUUCGAUUCUGAUAAAUUCUGCAUUCCUAAAGCUGGAAGAGGUCUUCAGGACAAGACUGUGUGUUCUAAUAGUCUGCCAGCAAAGUGAAAGGCAUCUAGACAAGAUCCUCAACGUGGAUGAAUUUGUCAAAAUAAUAUUCACAGUUAUUCAUUCCAAUAAUCCAAUUGCAAGAUCUCAUGGCACUGAGAACUUUGGGGAGUAUGGAAAUUAUUAUGAUCGGAAAUCAGUGAAUCACAGCAUUCGCGACAGUUUGGAUUUGCACGAUGCUGUAGAGUUAGAGGCAGCUAUCUACGCCGCAUCCAAGUUUGCCGCACAGUCUUGAACCUUUUCCGUCAACAUGUGCAGCAAAAUUGCCGAGAUGAUUCAGGGACUGGUAACACCUGUAAAUAUCAAGCUCAAGCUCAUCCCCAUCUUGCAGUACAUGCACCAUGAUGCUCACACGGCCGCCAUGGUUCGACGUUUGUGCGCACAGCUCUUGCACAGCUACCCUGCCCAAAAUUUCGUCUGUGUGACACUACACACACUGCUGGCUAGUGAAACUCUGGUCGAAAUCCCUCAACAGCUACUCCUGCUUCUUGAAUAUUUGUGCGAUUCCAGGAGAGGUGUCCAGGCUCAAGUUUUGUCUGACUUGAAAAUUCAGAUCGCUGGACGUUCUAGUAACCCGCUAGCCAUGGCUGUUUUAUCCUCAAAGCUAAUACAAAGUUGCUCUUGAUUUAGAAUCAGUGUUGCUACAGUUGCGACCGGUCUGUUGCAGCGAAAGCAGUUCAGCUACUUGUCCAACUAGUAGUUAUAUUUAGCAAACAAAAUUCUUUGUCGUCUUCAGUGCCCGAUUUAAGCCACGACGCUGCCCUAGCUGUCGAAUCGCUCAUAUUGGGCCUCUGCUUGGCGGGAAAAACCGAAGAGAGGGAACUCAAGAUUGCGUUGACAUCAGCCGUCCAGCUGAGUCGUGUCGCCGGACCAGAAAUCAGGGACACCUUAUUGAUUGCCUCACUCGCCUUUUGCUUCAAUCUUCCGGUUCCACGUUAGUCCUGCUGUGCCAGGCCCUGGCUGCCAUCGGAGACACCCAACCGUCCGCCAUUGUACCAGCAUUGGUUGACAUCAUGUCAAUGCUCAAGAAACUCACCGUUCAAAGCGAUCAAGAGUUGUUGGCAAUUCCAUUGUUGUGCGUUCUCAUGUUCCAGACGCACGCCUCUCAUUGUUGGUCUCAACAGGCCAGCGAAGUGGUCCACGAAGUCAUCUUUAGGGUCAACUUGUGGGUGGCUUUCCGAAUCGCCCGCUCUGCCACAAGAUACUGGAUCGCUUGUUGGGCCGCAUUUUGACGGAGCAUCGCUGAGCAUCUCUACUUUUGGAUUCAGGGAUUGCGCGAUUUCACCCUGGCCGAAUCUCACCUGAGUUGCGGCACUGGAUCCGAUGCUGUAGCCGUUUCUCUCAUAGAAAGAUUAGUGUUGGCCUCGAAGCUUUAUCUGGAAGGGAAUGUCUUCACUGAAGGCAACCACCAGCCCCACCCGCGUUCUUCAGUUUCAAGCCGAAUUCGGCCGAUUGCGAGUCGAAUUCCUGUCGGCGUGCUCUCAACUUGUCCAGGCUUGUCGAACGCUUCAGACAGCCCCGCCGUCGGCCAUCGCUCACGCCGUAGCGGCUGCCACCCGAGACGAACUGCAGCGCUGCGGUCGAAUUACUCACCAGCUGAGGAAGUCGGUGUUUGUGCUCCGGCAGGUGGCCGAAGCCUGUCCAAGCUCGGACAGAGCGCCUUCGACCCCGACCAGUACCAGGAGAGCCUCACGAAUUUGCAGCUACAAAAGCAGACGGCCUUGAUCAUGACCCAGACGGUCGAGUCCACCUACCUCCGGGCGUCUCAGCUAGGCGUUAUGACUGUCGAAAACGAUCUGCCCAUGAUCAACAAGACGGUGCAAGCAGAUCACGUCGCUGUGCGGAGUAUGGCCACUCGAUGCCCUGAAGCUGUCGAUCUCGUAAGACGUUUCCGCGAUGGCAUCCCUGAUUUGAAACUUAUUAAUCACUUGAACGUUGGAUGCAUCUUGGAUUGCUUGAAGUUACUCAUAGAAACACCUCUUUGCUUUCCGCGGUUCAUGUUCCAGACACUGCAGACCACUUCCAUCAAGUUAAAUUGGCGGUGAGCCCUCAGCCGAGAGUGGCCGGAGAGACGAUAACGACAACCAUUGGCUCGCAGUUGGCCGUUAAGGUGGAAGGUAUUGUCCAGGUUACUUCCAGCCCGCGAUAUUUUGGACGGAGAGUACGUGUCGUUCAAGUGACAAUACAAUCGAAUCCUACUAACCCGACAGUUGGAUCGGAUGACAAGCCGAUCGAGUCAAGUACGAGUAGCCUAUGAACAAAACAGCUGAGCCGCACAAUGAUUACUUUUCGGCUCAGUUUUUACUAACAUUCGCUGCUGCUGGACUGCAUCAGGUGUUUGUUAAGACAGCCCAGAUGGACACGUUCGAUGCACUGUGGAACGCUGGACCUAAAGCGCAAUUAUCUGACAAAACCUUUGAAGAAUCGGGCUCAUCAAAAACAACAUCCAGUAGCUCAUCUGCAGCAUCCCGUGCCACAGCCACGGCAACUUAAGCAACUCAAUCGGGCAGCUGCCCAGAUUGUUGAUUAUUACAAGUCAGCUGUUAAAGUGCUGGAUCAGGGUGACAACCUUCCAGAUGGUAAUGCCCUAGUCGAAGUUGCCGGAGUCAAAGCUUACAAUAUUUGGAAAAAGUACAGCGAAUUCAAGAUGACGUUCCAUCAGUGUGUGGCUUUGCUCUACAUGGGUAUACAUAGUGAGGAGAUGCAGAAGAUGGGAGAAAGACUUGCUUACUUUCAGGCUGCAAUGGAUAAACUUACAGAGGCGACCAAAAAAGCCAAAAAACUAGAAAAUAAAUCAGAAAGUGUCAAUGACGCGAUUUCUUUCGUCCAUGACGUUGUUGGUGGCAAACUCAAGGCAGCCGAGAAAGAAAACGAAUUCGUUUACCAUGAAAAAGUUCCCGACCGCGCCUCAUUACCUGACAUUAAGGGCGCAUCUCUUGUGAAAGGCACGCCUUUCGAUGUUACAGACCCUGAAAUCGCUGGCCAGGAUAUUUUUCAUCGAUUAGUACCCAUGGAAGCUCACGAAACAUCUUCACUCUACAGUGAGGAAAAAGCCAAACUACUACGUCGAGUUGGUGGAAAUGUCGAAGAAAAAGAUCAAGAAUUGGCAUUGUUUUUAACAUCACUUCAGGUUGACCAAUUGAGAGUGCAUUUGGAACCAACGGGUCUACCGCAGGAGUUGAUUGAUCUCUGCGCAGCGUUUAGUGUCGAAACAAACGUGGUCCAAAGUCUGAUUGAUGCCAUGGGUGAGCUGUCGUCGGUCUACACUGAUGUAGAGUCUUCACUGGCCGAAAUCCAAAAUCUUUUGAGCAAAGAACAAGAAAAUGUAAGGAUUUAUCAAGGCCAAGGCAAACGACCCCCUUCAAUGAUCUUAAAAGAACUUUCGCUUGAAGCUGGUCGCUUUGUCGAAGCCCACGCAAAAGCUGCUGAUUCCAACAUGCCCCUGCAUAAAGCCAUCAAUUCACAUUUGGACAAUUUGCGGACUUUAAGCCUUCCAUUAUCUGAAAUCCAAGCUCAGUUACCCAGUAUUCAAGUGUUGGAAUCAAGUAAAGACCAAGCAGCUAUUAAAGAGUUGCAUCGGCUUCUCGACAAGGUGGAAGAGAUGCGCAAACAACGCCAAAUGCUUUACACUCAAUUACGUGAAGCCCUUCAAGCCGAUGCCAUCACCAAAUUGGCAACCCACCAAACGGAUUUAGAGGUCCUAUUUACCAAGGAGUUGGCAAAGCACCAACGGUUGACUUCGUUAAUCGAACAAAAUCUUUCAGCCCAGGAGAAGAUCCUUGUUGCUUUAACGGAAGCUAAUGCUCGAUACGCAGACACGCGACGCUCCACCGCCGACAUUCAGCAGCGUCGAAUUGCAACCGUGGCUGCUCUGAUGGCUUCCGCCGAGGCCUAUCCAGAUCUGAUUGCAAAGUGCCAAAAAGGUCUCGAAUUCUACAGGAAGAUGGACACGAAUGUCACGAAACUCUUGCAGCGUUUGCGAUCCGUCUGUCGUGUCCAACAGGAAGAGCGUGAACAGCAGGAGGCUGCACGAGAACGGAAUCGCCCCACUCAUGUGACCAACCCACGACCCGAAAUUCCAGAAUCUACUGAUGUAACGAGCGGUCCGAAGUUGAAAGAUUUUCUUCAUUUAAUGAAAAAAGAUCGAGUUGGAAUGGAACCAUCUUUUAUUCCAACCACAUCGUCAGCACCUCCACCGGGUUCUGCUGGAGCUGAUGCCGUCGCCCCGUUUAGUUACCCGUAUCAACGUCCGACUCCUCUUGGUGCCGAGCAGAGUGUUCGCCAUCCGCAAUCGACGCCCUAUGUGCCUGACGGCAAUUCUUAUUACUAUCAAAAUAAUACUUCCCAAAGUGGGUUCCCACCUUCUGGACCAAAUCUACCAAGACCAACUUAUAGUAGUGGUUUCCAAACAACUGAUAGGUCUUCGUCGUUUUCAGCCACCCAACCGGGUGCUUCUAGUUUGGCUCAAUCCAGCUACAAUUAUCCUUCUCCUUCGGCUUCUCCCCUUCAUCAGCAACCCACCACUGCAGUCAAUCCGCAUCCGAUUCCUACUAGCCAACCCCAACAACCGUCUUAUCCAUCAGCAGGAGGUCAGGCGUAUCUGGGUCAGCAACCGUCAGGAGGAGGAAACAACCCGCAGUCUUUUGGUUCAACUCAACAUAUGCAACCUCAGAAUUAUCCACCUACUUCCAACUAUUAUGGCCAAGUUCUUGGUGCGACAUCGUACGACAUCGCCUUGUCGAUGCAGCAACAAGCGUACCCUACAGUCUCUCAAAUGGGGCAACAACCUACCCCCAGUGUUCCCGUAACAACAACUUCUAAUUCCUCAACCAAUUACCCAACAGUGAGUUAUAUGACUCCUAAUGGAGGAACUUCAUCGGCUUAUGCUCCUCACUUUGCCCCGGCAACCCAACAGCAACCAUCUUCUGCAGCUCCUUCAUCUUUUUCCCAAACGGCUGUUGCCGUAUCUCAACAGCAGCAGACUUAUGGGGUUGCGAGUUAUCUGAACCAACCAUCCGUUGGGAGAGAAACCCAAUCGGGUCCCUUGUCUUAUCCAAACACUCAUGUAAACAUUCCUCCAACUCAGCAACAACAGUAUCCCUAUUAUCCGGGCAGUUCCAUGUACGGCUAUCCGCCUGCAACAACAACAGCGGCUGCAGCUUCAAUGCAUCAAUAUCAGUACGGAUACAGCUCGUCCAAUCCAAACAUAGACGGGAGUGGGGGUUAUCAACACGGAGUAACAGGUACUAAUAAUUCGGCUCUCUCUCAGUCAGCCGGACAUCAAGGUCCGGGAUUAAUAACCGCCGCUUCGGCUUCCGGAAUCGGACAGUAUCAACAUUAUCCUUACUAUCCAAAUCCAGUUGAUCCAGUCAAUAACUAUCACUACCAGCAUCCUGGAUCUUACUAUCCGGCUGCCAAUUCUUAUCCUCCGGCCGCAGAGCAAAUUCUUCAGCCUACUCCGUUGGCUCCCACAUCAGUUCCUCCCGCUCCUACUGUUGCUCAGGCUCCCGUAGCUCAUUUACCCGUCACCGUGCCGCCAAAUCCCACAGGCGUUGGACAAGUCGCUAGCAAUUUAGAGCUUUUGACGCUUUUAGAUCUUUCUGUUCCUAUGGCUCCUAUCGGCGGUCUAUUGGAGCCACAACCUAGAGAGGCUCAAACUCCUGGUGGGAGUACACAAGGUACGACUACGCUGACCAAUUCAACCAUCAAGGCGGUUAUGAUGGCUCCUGUUGCCACGCCUGAUCCAAUCAAACCCACGUCCAUCUCCUCCGCUACUGAAUCUUUUCCUUUCCACGAAUCACCUACCAAAUCUGAAGUGAAACUAGCAACGCUCCCAACCACUGGCCACAAAGAUCCUUUAGCUGACGCUGAAUUAGCAUGUAAAUUGGCUGUGGAGGUCGAGAAGUUGGACAAAUUGGUGGACGGCCUGACUCGCAAAAGUCUCAAUGGACCAACCUCACUGGACACCCGCUGGAAGGAAGUGCUGGAAUUGCAAGAGCGUGAGUCAACUCGUCACAGUAUUUCGGUGGCGCGGUGUUAUCCCAUGAAGAACCGACUCCCAGAUGUGCUACCUUACGACCACAAUCGUGUGGAGCUGCCCACUACAAAGGAUGAUUACAUUAACGCCUCUUUGGUUCCUGCUUUAUCGCCUGGCGCUCCCUCUUUCAUCGCCACUCAAACGCCAUUGCCUUGCAGCCAGCAGGACUUUUGGACGAUGAUAUGGCAACAAUCGGUUGAAAUUGUUGUUUGUUUACUUUCGGACGCCGAAAUACCCAAGCCCAGCCCUUCAACGAUAGCUAUUUAUUGGCCUGUAGAGAAGGGCCGUGAUGUCAUCUCUGGCCCCUGGACCAUAACACUUCAGAGCAGUAACAUCCGCUCGUAUUGCCACGAACGAAUCCUUGGUCUCAGCAAAAACGGAGAAGCCAAACAGCGUGUAGUCAUACACUUACAAUUUACAGCUUGGCCUGGAAGUAGCUUUCCCGCUUCGCCUGCCCAGUUUCUUCAAUUGACGAAUGAAGUGCUUCACUGUUGGCAGCAGCAACGAAGCAAAACCCAUCCGAUCGUUGUCCAUUGUCUGGCGGGCGCAGGACGUACUGGUCUUUUUUGCCUCCUCUCUACGGCCCUCAAUGACCUUACUUCAGGCCAUGGACUGUUGGACGUCGUACGGGUUGCGGCGAGCCUUUGCCAGCAUCGACGCAACAUGUUCCGAGAUCGUGAACACUUGCUCUUUGCUUACCAAGCCUUACUUUAUCACGCCCAGGAUUUACUCAUGAAAAGAGGAAUUUUGUCGGGAACGACUUCAUUGCAAGGAUCCCCUAUAAAGAAACAUCAUCCAUCGCAAGAUUUCAUUCAUUCACCGAUUCCAACUCCUUCGAACAAUGCGACACCUGUGUUGGAGGCAGCGGCGAAUGUUUUGAAAGAAACGACAGCAACGGAAGAAGUGGCUUCCCAAGUAACAGAAGAACCAGCAGCGAUGUUGCAAACGACAGACACACCUACGCCAAAAAAGAGCCAGGCUCUAGGGGCGUUGGCUAUCCUUGAUCCUGCAAACUUCACGUUGGACGGCGGCCAAACAAAUAUACACCGCGUUACAAAAGAAAGUUUUAAAAACGCCUCUCAGCUCGGUUCAAUGUCUGAUCCUUCUGAUCCGCUCAGCCAACUCGAUCCUUUGUGGUCACUGGCUAAAUAAGUUUUUCUGAGUCAAAUUGAAGGCCAUUAUUAUCGAUACUACGCUGAUGGCAAAAGAUAGCGAAUUAUUUCUUGCCUCUUUCUUCUUCUUCAUUAUUAUUUAGUAAUCUGAUCAAAUAGCCUCCCAUGGCGACAUAUUAGUUUGUUAGCAACGUCCGAAGAUUUAACCCGUGGAAGAAUGGCAUAUUUUGCAUUCCGCUAAGUUUUUUGGAAUUUUAUGAUUGAUGUACCGAAUACACGUUCAACAUUAA